AUGGACGCUCUUGUUACUCGGUAUAGCCGUCCGGCAUUCCGGCAAUGCGAGGAUGUGGAAGAUGUGGACGAGAUGGACUACAAUGACACGAUGCCGGGUCUGUCGUUCAAGUUUGCCAUGCCUCCGGUAGCACAGCCGUCGGCCUGGUUGCGUGCGGCUACGGACGACCGGUCCAACCCGACGUGCCCGAUCAAGAUUGCGCACGGCACGACGACGCUGGCGUUCCGGUUCCAGGGCGGCAUCAUUGUGGCGACGGACUCGCGGGCGACGGCGGGCAACUGGAUCGCAUCGCAGACGGUCAAGAAGGUGAUUGAGAUCAACAGCUGUCUGCUGGGGACGAUGGCUGGCGGUGCAGCGGACUGCCAGUACUGGCUGGCGUGGCUGGGACGCGAGUGCCGGCUGCACGAGCUGCGGCACAAACGGCGGAUCUCAGUGGCGGCAGCAUCCAAGAUCCUGGCCAACCUGGUGUACAGCUACAAGGGCAUGGGGCUGUCGAUGGGCACGAUGUGUGCUGGCGUGACGCCCGAGGAGGGCCCGGCGCUGUACUACAUCGACUCGGACGGCACCCGGUUGGCGGGCAACCUCUUCUGCGUCGGGUCGGGCCAGACGUUUGCGUACGGCGUGCUGGACGCCGAGUACAGCUACGACCUGGCGGCCGACGACGCGCUGGAGCUGGGCCGACGCAGUAUCCUGGCGGCUACGCACCGAGACGCCUUUUCCGGCGGCUUCAUCAACCUUUACCACGUCAAGGAGGACGGCUGGGUCAAGCACGGCUUUAGCGACACGAACCCCAUCUUCUGGAAGACGAAGUUGGAGAAGGGCGAGUUCUCCAACGUGACCAGUGCACUGGACUAG